CAUUUCAAGUAUAAUCUCAUCACUAGCCAAACUUUCCUGCUUUGUUUGCUAAUUUUCUCUGCCUCUCCAUAUUAUUCUUUGUCGGUGUUCUUGUUGAUUAGUUGUAUGUUAUGGAGCUCCAAUUGGGUCUUUCUCUGGCUCUUCCAGUUCACAAUCCUGUUAAAGGGUUUGACAUGCGCAACCAUGGGGAUGGGGUUGAGAAGAAAGAGAUAUUGGUGGGUUUGGGUUUGGAAAGCACAAAAAACCAAGUUCGAAACAAGCGCAGUUUUGAUUUGGCUUUUGAUGAGAGUGCUGGAAAUGAGUCGAAAAUGUUGCCCUUGCUGUUGUGGAGUGGCCAGCCAAAUGAGGAAGGUGAUGAGAAAGGGCAAAAGAGAAGAGACUCUGUCAGUGUCAUUACCAAAAAUGAAGGAGAAGGAAACCAUGUAGUUGGGUGGCCACCAAUAAAAUCAUGGAGGAAAAAGAUGCUUCAUCAACACCACGGCGUCGGCCAUGAUCAUCACCAUCAUCAUCAGUACCCUCAUCACCAGAAUCAGAUAUUGGAAGCUAAUUCCAUGCCCAUGUCCAUGUUGGUGAAGGUGAAGAUGGAAGGGGUGGGAAUUGUGAGGAAGAUCGAUAUAAGGCCUCAUCACUCUUAUCAGACGCUCAAAGACACCUUGAUAACCAUGUUUUCCAAAUGUGGCAGAGAGGGUGGUGGUGCAGGUGCAGAAUAUAUACUUGCUUAUCAGGACAAACAUGGAGAUUGGCUGCUCGUUGCAGAUGUUCCCUGGCAAACCUUCAUCAAGUCCGUGCAGCGCCUGCAGAUACUGAGGAAAGGAGGUUUGAACCUAAGACCACCGAUAUGCAAAUCAAUACUAUUUUCCAUUGAGAUUUUGUCUUUUUCUUUGCUGCUGCUUCUUUCUGCAUUGCAGCGUGUUUCUGCACAAUUAGCCACUGACCCAAAUGAAGUUUCUGCUCUCAACAAGAUCAUAGACCACUGGGACUUGGGAAAUCAGCUGAGCCUUACCAUUGAUCCCUGCAUGCCAAAUGCAACAUGGGCAUCCAAUACUGCAAAUCCACGUGUCCUUUGUGACUGUGCAGGCAGCACCUGCCACAUCACCCACCUGAAGAUAUAUGCUUUGGACAUUCUUGGUGAAAUUCCCAGGGAGCUAUUUGAGCUGAAGGAACUGAUAGACUUGAAUCUUGGUCAGAAUGUACUAAGUGGGCCCAUCCCUGCUGAAAUUGGACAGUUAUCUAAACUUCAAUACCUCAGCUUGGGCAUAAACAAUCUGACAGGUCCUGUGCCCCCAGAGAUUGGGAACUUAUCCAAGUUGCUUUCCCUAAGUUUUGGCUCAAACCAGUUUUCUGGACCAUUGCCAAUGGAGCUUGGAAAAUUAACCACCUUACAGGAGCUAUACUUGGACAGCAGUGGAGUGACUGGACCAAUUCCUCAGGAGCUUGCCAACUUAAAAUCCCUUAAAACUCUCUGGGCAUCUGAUAAUCUCUUCACUGGAAAACUCCCAGAAUUCUUAGGGAUUUUUGCAGAACUCAAAGACUUGCGACUUGAAGGGACAUUGCUUGAAGGCCCAAUUCCGAGUAACUUUGGUGCUCUGGUGAAACUAGACAUCUUGAGAGUUGGUGAUCUUGGUGAAGAAGAUUCUUCUCUUGGAUUUUUGGAGAAUCUCACAAGUUUGUCCACAUUGUCUUUGAGAAAUUGUCGAGUUUCCGGCAAAAUUCCAGAGCAGAUUGGCAACUUUGCUAAGUUGCAAUACCUGGAUUUGAGCUUCAACAAGUUGACUGGUCAAAUACCAAACUCAUUCCAAGAAUUUACUGUGUUACAGUUUCUAUACCUUGGAGACAAUAACUUGAGUGGAGAACUACCUGCUAAUAUCGUAACUCCAAAGCUUAUUGCUCUAGAUGUCUCCUUCAAUCCUAUGUCUGGGAAUUUGCCUCUAAAUUUUGCCAGAACAGGAUUUUCAAUGAAUGUGCUUGGUACAUCUAUCAAUGGAAAUGGUUUACCAGACAGGGGGGGUUUUGGAUUGUUGAAUUGCCUCCAAGGAGAUGCUAAGUGCACUAAUCAACUCCCAUCAUUUAUUGUUGCAGCUUCAUUUUCUAUUAAAUGUGGAGGCACAGGCCAGACAUCUGCAUCCGGCAUUGAAUACGACGACGAUUCUGAAACACUGGGAGCUGCUUCAUUCUACAAAAGCUCCAGAUGGGCAGUGAGCAGCACAGGAAACUUUGUUUUCAACUCGAAUGGACCUCGGUACAUAGCAAGCACAGAUUCUCAAAUCACAGAAACUCUAGAGUCUGAACUGUACAAGACAGCAAGACUUUCGCCAAGCUCACUGAGGUACUUUGGCCUUGAUUUGAUGAAUGGAAAAUACAUUGUUGAGCUUCACUUUGCAGAGAUAGCAAUGGAAGAUGACACAAGUUCUUGGAAAGGUCUUGGAAGGCGCAUUUUCGACGUCUACAUUCAGGGUGAGAGAGUCCUCCAAGACUUCAACAUCCAGAAGGAAGCAGGGGGAUCAAAGAGAGCACUGAUAAAAACAUUCGAAACAAACGUUUCCAACACAAUCAUGAACAUCCACUUCAUGUGGGCUGGCAAAGGCACUUGCUGCAUUCCAUUGCAAGGCACAUAUGGCCCCUUAGUGUCAGCAAUCAAUGUUCGUCAAGUCCCGGGUGCUGGCAAUUCUGCGAACCGUGGGAGGAAGCGGGUGAGAAGAAUUGUGGGGAUCUCACUUGGAUGUGCAGCUGCUGUUAUGAUAGUGUCAUCAGUGUUCUACUUAUGGUGGAUAAAGGAUGAUGCAGCUGGACAUAUGAGGGUGCAAACAGAUAUACCCAAGAAAUGAGCAAAUGAAAGUGAGAAUGUGAGAAGUGAUGGCCUUUGUUGG